AUGUCUUCUGCCGGCACAUACAAACCUCCCGAACUCCCGACACCAUUCAUUCACACAACCCCACCUCCCGAGCUCCUCACACAGGGUGCCGAAGGCCAUCUGUACAAAACCACAUAUCUCACGCCAAACAAUUUCGCCGCACUGAAAGUCCGUCCAUCGAAACCCUACCGCCAUCCUAUCCUUGACCGUCGCCUCACGCGUCAACGCAUACUACAGGAAGCGAGAUGUCUGGCGAAAUUAAUCCGGGAGGGUGCGAGUGUACCGGCCCUGUUAGCGUUGGAUUGGGAGGGACAAGGUGGCGAGAACGGGGUAGGAGGAGCAUGGCUGCUGAUGGAAUGGAUUGAAGGGGUAGUGGUGCGAGUGGUAUUGGAGAGGUGGGAGGGGUGGAUGAAGCGGAACGAGACAAGUGUCCAAGCGCAGCGAAUCGAGGAAGAGAAACGGCGAAUUGGCGAUUUGAUGAAGAGGAUUGGUCGGACGGUGGGAACACUGCAUAAGGCGAAUGUGAAUCAUGGGGAUUUGACUACUAGUAAUCUGAUACUACGCGGGCCCGAACCGCAGCGGCAGGUUACAGAGGAGGGGUAUCCGUCUAUGGAAGGGGAGGUGGUGAUGAUUGAUUUUGGACUUGCAAGUCAGAGCUUUCAGCCUGAGGAUCGUGCUGUGGACUUGUAUGUAUUGGAGAGAGCAUUUGCCAGUACACAUCCCCGGACGGAGCCGUUGUUUGGGGAGGUCCUGGCUGGUUAUGCCGAGAGCUAUAAAGGAGCUGGAGCUACGUUGAAGAAGUUGGAAGAGGUGCGCAUGAGAGGUCGCAAGAGGACCAUGAUCGGAUGA